AUGUUUACGAUUUUUUUAAUAAGUCUUAGUUUUUGUGGAAUAUUUCAUGUUACUAAAAGUUUGGAAGUUAUUCCUUAUGUAGAUAAAUCGAAUUGUAAACUUAAUGAGUUUUAUAAUACGAAGAAUUUUCAAUGUGAGCCUUGUAGUUCUAGUAAAAAUUUAAUAUCUGCAGAAGAUCAUUUAUCUUGUGUUUGCAACGAAAAAAGUAUCAUUAACGAUGAGGCUGUUGCCAAUACACCACGAUGUGUCCCUUGUAAAGAACCAAAGAUACCGACAUUCGAUCAAAAACAAUGUAUAGCAUGUCCAAAAUCUUUGAACGCUACAAAAAAUGAUUCAUUAACAAAUGUAUGCCGUCAUUCUUGUAAAUAUAAUCAAAUUAUUGUUGAAAAAUUUCAAAAUGGUACAUUUUUACCAGAAAUACAAUGUAUUUCAUGUGCAAAUGGAACCGUACCAAAUUCAAUUGAAUUUCCAACAAAAUGUAUAAAAUGUCCAAUAUAUAAUUGGAAUCCUAAACUUGGCUGUAAAUGUUUAAAUAAAACGACCUUGAUUGAAAAUACAUGUGUGCCAAAUAGUUUGUUAAAUGAUUUAGCCAAAUUAAAGAAUCCAUUUACAAUUAAUUUGGGAAAUGGAGAACAAGUGACAUCAUUGUAUUUGGAGAAAUUUUUAUACUCAUCGAUGUAUCUGUGUAAGACAAAGAAUUCAACAGCAUGCCAAAUGUUAGCCAAUUUAUGUACGAUAACGUUGUUUAAAUCUAGUUUAGUUCCACCGUGUGACGUAUGGUUUAAUAAUAAAAAUCAAUUGGAACUUCCAUGGUUGUAUUAUGGCGAAGGGGACGCACCUUUAGUUUUAAAUCGCCGAAAAAUUAAUGCUCAAUAUACAUUUAAUAAAAAUUCACCGAAUAAUCGAAUUCAAAUUGUAAUGUUAACGCAUUUAUUAAAUGGGCAUUUUGAAGAAAUUAAGCCCUUUAAUCAUUAUUUGAGCAAAAUAUGUGGAGAAUUCAAUAAUUUUGAUAAUAAUGGAUUCCGUUUUGGAGUUGAUACUCAAACCACGUGUAUAAUUAAUAAACAAUUGUUCGAUGUAACCGAAAUGGAAUUUUAUAAUCCAUUUUUACAAUUUAAAAUUAACGAUGAAAUAUUUUUAUACGCUGUUCCAGUCUUAAUUACAAAUUCGAAAAGUUUUAAUAAGGGUGAUGAUAUGAUUAAUUUUUGGGUGUUUGUUCGACGUUUCUUUCUAAUCGAUAAUUCGUUGAUCAAUGAAAAGAAAUCGAAAUAUAUUCGAUAUAUUAAUUCAAUAGAAUUACGGAUAAAAGUUCGUGAUAAAUCUGAAGGGGGUAAAAUUUAUCCGCCUUAUUUAAUUAUCACAUAUGGUGAAAUAGAAAAAUCAGUUUUGGAUAAUUCUAAAUUAAAAUUUACCUUGUCAAUAAAAUUUCAGAUGGAAAGUAAUACGAUUCGGUCUAUUGAAAUUGCAAUUGGAGUGCUAAGUGCUGUAGCUGUUUUAUAUUCUGGCUUACAAACAUGGACUCAUUCACGACGUUCCGGUAAACAAUCAAUCGAUAUUAUGACGGGUGUAUAUUUUUUAAUAUUUUCAUGUGGAAAUUUGGCCAAUGUAUUUUUUAUUGUGGCCACUGGUGUUAGUUUACAUACUUUUAUAUUUUAUAAAGGACAAUCUGUAAUAUAUUUAUUGUUACCGGAUAAACGGAUAGAAAAACUAUUGCGUAGUUUUAUUAUUGUUGCAUUUUCAUUGAAGAUAGUGGAAAUAAUAACUUUAAUAAUAAAACAAAUAUCAAUCGAUAUAUUCCUAAUUGAUUGGGAAAAACCUCGUGCUCAUGAUCAUAAAUCAACGCAACAGCCUGUUAGUAUAUGGCGUACAUACUUUAUUGCAAACGAAUGGAACGAUAUUCAAUCGAAACGUCGAAUUAAUAUUAUUUUACAUUUGAUUUUGGUUGCUUUUACUUUAGAGAUUAUUGGACUAAAGUAUUGGGCAACAUCGGAUCCAGAAUUAAAAACGUAUAAACAAGAUAAUAAUAAUACAGCUGAUGUGCAUAUUAGUUGUUUAAUUGCUGUUGGUGUUUUAGUUAACGCCAUUUUUUAUUUUUCACAACUAUUAUUCGUGAUCGGAUUUUAUGAACGUUUCAUUAAAAAUCGAAUCCAAGAUUUUGUGGAUGUAUGCUCUUUGGCAAAUAUAAGUAUUCUUAUUUUAAUGUUGGAACGAUAUGGAUUCUAUAUACAUGGCAGAUCUGCUCACGGAUUUGCUGAUACAGAUAUGGCAUCAAUGAUAACCCAAUUACAGCGGGAAGAAAAUAAUCUAUGUGGACAUCGUGGUUUAGUUCCUGAAACUGAUGAUCAAACAUUUCGUAUUGCUAUACCAGCUUCAUUUCGAAAAUAUUAUAAAAAAUUGAUCGCUCCUAUGCUGGUUAAUAGAAAUUUAUUUCCACGAUUUCCACGUGCGUCUGCUGGGGGAACAAAUUUAAGCUCGCCGAAACAGAAGGAGAAUAUUGCACAGUCAAAUAUUGAUAAGAGUGUCCAAGCGUAUACGAAUAUAAAUAAAUUUUUAAUUGCGUUUUUUGAACAUGCAAUUAAAGAUUUAGAUUAUGAAGUUCGGUCACCAUUAUUUGUUGAAACAUUAUUUGACAUAGAAUUUAGUGAUCAAAUUGAUCGUGGUGUCUUAUAUACAGAUGGUGGCCAUUCAUUUGACAAUGUUUUAUUUUAUGGAAAUGAAUUUACUUUGGCAUCAUUUGAUUUAAUGUUAUUUAUAUUUAUAUCAGUGCUUACUUCCAAUUAUUUACUGGCUACUUUUGCAACUGCUCUUUCGUUCCAGAUACUAACAGCGUUCAGAAAUAUAGGCGGAAGAAAAAAUUUAGCUAAAAAAACGUUUAUCGAUCAACGAUUUUUAAUUUAA